GCUCCCGGGACCACCGUCCCUCUUCCGGCGCGGCUGCUGACCCCGUGGCCCUCCGCGCCGCGCCCGCUGUUCUUGCCCUGCCAUGGCAGGCAUUCUGUUCGAGGAUAUUUUCGACGUGAAGGACAUCGACCCCGAGGGCAAGAAAUUCGACAGGGUUUCUCGGCUGCAUUGUGAGAGCGAGUCUUUCAAGAUGGAUUUGAUUCUUGAUGUGAAUGUACAGAUCUAUCCAGUUGAUCUUGGAGACAAAUUCCGCCUAGUGAUUGCCAGCACCUUGUAUGAAGAUGGGACCUUGGAUGAUGGGGAAUAUAACCCCACUGACGAUCGACCAUCCAGGGCUGACCAGUUUGAGUACGUGAUGUAUGGGAAGGUGUACAGGAUAGAAGGAGAUGAGACAUCCACGGAAGCUGCCACACGCCUCUCUGCCUAUGUGUCCUACGGUGGCUUGCUCAUGAGGCUCCAGGGAGACGCAAACAACCUGCAUGGCUUCGAAGUGGAUUCCCGAGUCUACCUUCUCAUGAAGAAGCUGGCCUUCUAGCCUCCCAGGGGCCUUGCAUGGCUGGAGGCUGUGGUUGUGGCUUGGACUCAGUGGGGGGCUGCCCCCCCGCCCGAGUGGAGGAUUGCCGGCAGCUCUGGCGGGUCCCCCGCUCCCUCCAUGUGCCCCCACCCGGUCACUAGCAGACUUGCAGGCACGGGUGAGGAGCAUUGAAAUGCAUCAGUGCCGUGAACUAGCAGGCACCCAGGGCAUCUCCUGCCAACGUUGAAGGAACUGAGUGUUGGACUCUUGACUAUCUGGUUAGCUAUCCCUGGUUCCCUGAGAACCAGUGUUGCUGUUUCAGGUCUGGAAGAGAUGCUUCCUUUGCCAUUCUCGGCAAUGACACAGGGCAGGGGUGAAGGACCGGUAUCCCUGAGGCUGUGCUAGAGUGCAGUUCCCAUCAUCCAUGAAUGUUGGCCGUACUGGCUGGGCCUGAUGGGAAUGGUAGAUCAGCAACAUCUGGAAGGCCACUGGUUUCUUUGCCCUCUGGCCUUGGCAUACACUCUCCAUUCAAUUUUGGUUUAUUACGUUCAUUAAAGUCUAGCUUUUCGUA